AUGGGUGACAACUUUGACGCCCGGAGGACCUCACCCGUCAAAACGCGCCGUAGUCGGCGGGGCUGCCUGACGUGCCGGCAGCGCAAGGUCAAGUGCGACGAGACGCGCGACGUGUGCCGCAACUGCUUCCGGCUGGACGCGCGCUGCACCUGGGAGACGCCGGGCGACAGCGAGCCCGGUCGGCGGCGGUCCCGCAACUGGCGUGCCUGUGCACGAUGCCGCGAUAAGAAGCUCCGCUGUACGGCCCCGUCGUCUGGGCCUGGAUGUGGACAGUGCCUCAAGGCGGGCGCGACGUGUGAUGCGUUGUCGUCUGUGGGCGGCGAGGCCAAGCCCGCCUUGAGCAUCCCUGCCAGUGAAGACACCAAGGCCAGCGACAACGUGACCAAUACAGUAGACGAUGCCGCUAGCGCCGACAGCAUCGUCCCGCGCGAGGAACUCCUCCAAAUCCUGGACGCCUACUUUGCCGGCCCGCACUACUUUUGCUACUCGACGUUCUUGCACCGGCCGUCGUUUAUGAAGAUGCUGGACAACGGCCUCAUCCCGCGGUCGCUUCUUCUGAUUGUCCUGGCCACAGGGCUGCAGGUGAUGGGCGCCGUCGGCGGCAGCCGCGAGCGGUCCCGCCGUGCCGACGCGUGGGCCGACGAGUGCCGCGGCCUCGUGGUGCUGGACGUGUUUGCGCGCAUCUCGACGACGAACCUGCAGACGCUGCUGCUCCUCCAGCGCUACGAGUGGCACCGCGGCGGGCACCUGAGCGCGUGGUUCCUGUCUGGGGUGGCGUACCGGCUGGCGCACGCGCUGCAGCUGCACCUGGAGCCGACGGACGUGUGCGAGGGCAAGGGCAACACGGUGCGGCUGCCGCCGUCCGUGGUGGAGACGCGGCGCCGGCUCAUCUGGAGCUGCUAUGUCAUGGACACGGUGCCGGACGUGCACCAGAGCGGGACGCGGCCGCUGCAAAGCCUGCUCGACCCGGCGGUGAUCCACAGCCGGCUGCCCUGCGACGAGGUGCAGUACGAGCGGGGGGAGGCCGACCGAGAGCGAGGACGAGAACGACACGCGCGGCCCAGCAUCGGGGCGUACCUGAUCAGCAUGGUCAUGCUGCGCCAGCGGAUCCUCAAGUACUCGUGGGCGAUGCGCGCGGCGGCUGUGGCGCUGGAAGAAUGCCGGGAGGAGGCGGCGCACGACGCGGCCAAGGGCACCACGCGUGUCUGGCCGUGGCACGACGGCUCGGCCUUUUACGCCCUGAAACAGCAGCUCGACGGGCUGGCCGCCGAUCUGCCGGCCGCCUACCAGCUGCGCAGCCACGCGUCCGUGCCGCGGCACGACCGCACGGCCUUUUAUACGUUCCACACCAUGUUCCACGCCGUCUACACCGACCUGCUGCGCAUCGGCACCUUUGUUGGGCGGCAUAUGCCCGCCGCCAGCCCGUCGCGGCGUGGUGCGCGCCGGGGGUCGGUCGUGCCGCCCCCGGCGUUCGUCCAUGCCUGCAAGGUCGAGCAGCUCAAGCACGCGUGCGGCAUUGCCCACGUCGUCGCCCAAUGCCUGCGGCAGCAGGGCCUCGCGUCGGAGCACGACCCCUUCAUGGCGAUCUGCAGCUGCCUCGCCAUGCGCAUCCUCGUCAUGGAGCGGUGGCGCGAGGGGCGCGACGGCCGGGCGGCGGAGGACGCCAAAGAGGUGCUGUCGCUCGACGACGCCCGCGUCAAGGACGGCAUGGCCGCCUGUCUCGAGUGUGCCAAGCGCACCGCCCGCUGGUCCAUGCCGAUCCGCAAGCUGCUGCUGGCCGUGGGCGACAUGGCGCUGCAGUACGGCCAUCUGCUGGACCUGGACGAGUUCCGGCCGCCCACCCAGCGCCAGAUGCCCCUGACACCGCCGCCCAUGUCGCGCGGCCCGCCGCCGACGCGGCCCAUGUCGCCGAACCUGAAGCUGUACGGCACGUCGGGGCUGCUCGAGCGGGCGAGGGACGCACACGAUCGGGAGGUGGUGCAGAGCGUGGAGGUGGUCGAGGGCCGGUUUGGCGGCGGGUCAGCCGAGCCAGAGAUCACCGUGGCCACAACGGGCGCUCCAACGGCCGUGCCAACCACACUGGCCCGGCCAGUGCCAAUCGCGGUGCCCCGUCCGGCGCACUCGGACGACUCGGCUCGCUCGUCGCUGUCCUUGUCGGCGGAAGCCCUGCAGAUCGCCUCCAACUGGGCCGACGGCACCUACGACGUGCCGAUGGCGCAGACCAACUUUGACUGGGGCAGCUUUGAGUUUGGCAUGAACUUUGUGCCCAUGGGCGGCGGAGGCGGUGUCGGCAGCGGAGGUCUUCAGGGCAGUUUUCCCGGGAGUCUUUCAGGGAGUCUUCCAGGGAGCUUUACAGGGAGCAUGUCGGGUCAGGAGCUGCCCGACGUUCUCAACGUGGGCGUCGGAGCGGGCAUCGGGGCGGAUGGAGAACUGGGUGUGCCCGGUGUCGAGUUUGGCAUUGCAGACGGCGAAGGCUUGGAUUUGCACUUUGGGUUUUAUUGA